AGUAGAUUUUAUCAGAGUUCGUGCGGUCUAUGCUUCCAGUCUGGGUUCGUCUAGUUCUAUAUCGUUGCUGACAAUGGACAUUUCAAAAAGCAAUUCAUUAUUGGCAUGUAAUAUCUGGGAGAUAUUCUGCCCUUUUACAUUUCCGUGAUUUUGAUUGAGUUUAUCCCCUUUUCUGAUAACGAAUAGUUAAUUUUAAACAAACUAAAAUGGACAAGCAUGCGGUUCAAACUUCAAACUACUCGAUGGUGGAAUUGGCAGGAAUCCCUAUAUCUGGCUGUCUAAAAUUAGUCAAAGCUCAUUCCAUUCGGACGUCUCUGCCGAAGCUCAUGCCAUUCAUUCACAAUAAUGUCUAAAGCCUUGUAAAACCUUGCACCUCAAGAAAAGUCCAUUGAAAGCAUCUCAGUGGAAGUUGUUUGAAUAACAUCACCAUGAGAACUUGAGGGAAGAGUAUCCAUGUGAUAUUGUUCUCAAACUACAUCUUCACGACCUUUAGCUCACUUUGAUCCCUAAAAGUUAUCCGGCCAGUUUUGAAGCUGCUUGUAGAGUAUCUUUCCAUGCACUACUCCUGUUACACCAGGGCGUGUUAUAAUAUCAAGGAAGGAGCAAGACUGUGACUGGAUGAAUAAGAGGUGGGAAAAGAGGAUUUCUUAGGGGUGAUUUGUGUACUACCAGAUAUACACUACAAAAGAACUCGAAGGAUAUUAUAAACCAGUAUCAUGUUCCUUUCUCUAGAUUUUUAGUUCUAUCGUAUUAUGGCUAUUACUUUCUGAUGCAUUUUCUGAAAAUUAUGUACCAUGUGGGACAGUUUUUCAUUCCUGUAGAUGUGCGUCAAACAUAUUAUCUUUCUCAAUAUCUGGCAAUAGAAAAUGUAAACUCGAGUUUAUUGAGACUGUUUUGUUUUGAAACAGCAAACAAGAAAGAGUUUAUUGAGACUGUUUUGUUUUGAAACAGCAAACAAGAAAGUUCCUACUUCUGUUACUUAUUAAUUGCUGGUUGCUGAAUCAGCUGCUGCUUCUUUAGAACUUGGAAGUAUCUGAAAGAAUUUGGUUGCUUUGUGUCACUGAUUUAUUACUAGAUAGUCUCUUUUGUAACCAAGUCAGAUCCCAGAAGAGGAUUCAAUAGCACCUUUUGAGUGGCUUCUGCCAAUACGGACAGAAAAAGAAACAAGAUGUUGGCAUUUGAUCAUUUAGGGCCAGUUAGCAAGCAUAAAUGGAGGGAGAGCUCAAAGCUCACUUCAUUACACUUCCAGGUUUAUGCACUGAUGUCCUUUAUGUCCCUUGUGCUCAACGACAAAUCAAUCUACUUCAAUUCACUUCGAGAAGUGUAUGAAGCAUGGGUCAUUUACAACUUCCUUUCACUAUGCCUUGCAUGGGUGGGAGGCCCUAGUGCUGUUGUUUUGAGUUUAAAUGGUAGGGUUUUGAAACCAUCGUGGUAUCUCAUGACGUGCUGCUUGCCUGCCAUCCCUCUUGAUGGGCGUUUUAUCAGAAGGUGCAAACAAGGUGCCUUGCAGUUUGUAAUCCUCAAGCCUAUUCUAGUUGCGAUUACCUUUGUACUUUAUGCCAAAGGAAAAUAUGAAGAUGGAAAUUUCAGCGCAAAGGAGGCCUACUUGUAUAUUACAAUCAUCUAUACAGUCUCUUAUUCUAUGGCAUUGUAUGCUUUAGCUCUGUUUUAUGUGGCUUGUCGAGAUCUUCUUCGUCCAUUCAAUCCUGUUCCAAAGUUCAUCUUGAUAAAAUCUGUCGUCUUCCUUACGUAUUGGCAGGGUGUCUUGGUUUUUCUGGCUGCCAGGUCUCGGUUCAUAAAAAGUGCUGAAAAAGCUGCUGAUUUCCAAAAUUUUAUCAUCUGUGUUGAGAUGUUAGCUGCUGCAGUGGGGCACCUUUAUGCAUUUCCAUAUAAAGAGUAUGCUGGUGCAAAUAUUGGUGCAUCUGGCGGUCUGGGAGCAAGCCUGGCCCAUGCUUUGAAGUUUAAUGAUUUCUACCAUGACACUGUUCACCAGUUUGCUCCAACAUAUCAUGAUUACAUACUUUACAACAAUGAAGGUGAUGAUGGGGGGCCAAGAAAGUACCGUUCACGGACAUUUGUGCCAACAGGCCAGGAGAUGGAUGCUGUUAGGAAAAGCAAAAAUAUUCUUGGAAACAAGCCUGAUGGUGUACGGCUUUCCAAUGUCUCCUCUGAAACCAGCAGCCCUGUUAAUAAUGUUCAGAGGAAACCUGCUGAACCAGAAGGAAUGAAGUCUUCCUUGUUACUAGAUGCAUCUGGUUCUUACUCACAACCAUAUGAUCUGUCACUCAUAGACUUGGAUUUGGGUAACUUGCCCUCGAAGGUUCCUGCAGUAAAAGAUUCCGGUUCUCAUUGACAUGGAAUGAUGGUGGAUUUUUAUGUUUGAUAUUUCAGUGCCCUUCCCUCGGAAGCAUUAGCUUCAAGAGUGCAAAAGCAAGCUGCAGUUUUGUCAGCUCAUUUAUAUUGCGUUGCUGAGACUGUAUCUAUGGGCUCCAUUUUGCUCUGUAGUUCUGAUUCGUGUGUGUCCCGGUUUCCUUGUACAUUUAUUUUCAUUUUAGAGGAAUGUUCCCUUGUACGUAUUUUAAAAAUUGGGAAAUAGUUGAAUUACUCUCUC